AUGGUGACCCCUGCAGCAAAUGCUGCAACCUCGGUACCACCAUCUCUUUCGCUACCACCUUCUCAAUUCGCUCGCCUUCAACCUCAUGCUUAUCUUCUUGCCCACCUCUCCCCUCCUCCAGCGAGCAACCAGCCCUCCAUCCGCGCCAAUGGCCGCACUCCUUUCCAGUUCCGUGUCACUUCCGCCAAUGCAGGCUCGCUGACGCACACAAAUGGCAGCGCCGUGGUGCGCGUUGGCGAUACGACCGCCGUCUGUGGUGUUCGCGCCGAGAUCCUACACACAGAUGACAUCGCUUCAUGGAGCGUAUCGUCCUCCUCAGCUUCUAACUCGAACAAACGCCGCCGCCUCGGCGAGAAGACGACAGACGAAGAGGAUGAUCGGGAGGAGAAUGAGGAGGACCGCGAACACAUUGAAGAUUUGAACUUGCUCGUUCCCAAUCUGUCCUUGAGCACCGGCUGUGCGCCGGGCUUCACUCCUGGUGCCCCACCUUCUGCGCUCGCUCAAUCACUUUCACACCAGAUCCUCUCCCUUUUGCACAGCACACGUCUCAUCCGGGCGGAUGAUCUGCGUAUUUGGUACCAGCCACCGAAUCUCGGCUCGGAGGCUCUGGAACGGCAUAAUGAAAGCGAGCACAUGGAGAUCGACGCUGGACAGGGCUCUGAAGAGAGCAGCCCUCCAGAAAUUAAGGCUUUCUGGGUCCUUUAUAUCGAUGUCAUGAUUAUUUCGCUUGCGGGCAACCCAUUCGACGCUGCUUGGGCUGCUGUCUUGGCUGCUCUACGUGAUACCAAGCUUCCCAGGGCUUGGUGGGAUAUUGAUAACGAGACUAUCAUCUGCUCAGACGACAUCUCCAAAGCUAGCAGGCUUUCCCUGCGCGGCCUGCCCGUGGCCAGUUCAUUCUGUGUCUUUGAGGCUGAUGCUGCGGCUGGGUGGCGCGCGGUCGUUAUUCCGGAUGCUGAUGACCAGAAAACCCAGGAGCAGCGGAAGAAGGGUCCCCAGCAGAGGUGGAUUCUUGCGGAUCCGGAUGGCUAUGAGGAGGGAUUGAGUCAGGAGAGAGCCACUCUCGUUGUUGACAAAGCCAAGAAUGGAAAGAAUGUGAUUUUGAAGAUGGAGAAGCACGGAGGCUGGUCUGUUGAUACCGAAGACCUCCGCCAGCUGGUUGAUAUCUCGGCCCAACGAUGGGAUGAGAUGAAGCGUAUACUCGAUCAAUGCUAG